AUGAGCACCAUUACCCUCACAGCGCAGCAGCUAGACGAGAAGCCGCCUGUCGACAUGUCGAUGUUGAGCGACCAGGACAAGAAGGAGCUCGUUAUCGCGGACACCGAGUCCGUUGUCAGCGGCAUCACAAUCGACGGCGCCGAGGCCGCCUUCACGGCGGCCAGAUCGUACCACAUCCACGCGAAAGGAGUUCCCGUCCUGCGCCUGCCCGCUCCGCCCUCGGAGCUCGUCACCACCGUCAGCAACUUGGACGGCAGCAUCGCAUACCAGUCUACACGCGAGCGGCGCAGCUCCGGCAACUGCGUGCUAACCGAUGCCGAGGGCCACCCAAGCAUUGCGACGCAGUACUUCUUCGGCCCCGGCAAGGACCCUGUUCUACGACGUGUCGACGUAGAGGACGGCGAAGAUAAUGUCAUCAAAACCGUGUCCAAGUGGACGUCGCGGGCCCAGAAGUUUUUGCUGCGCGACGGCCGCACGUUCGAUUGGGAGUACAAGAAGGAGAAGGGUUUUGGGGGACAAGGGACGAAGGGCACGGCGCUGGUCCUGACAAUGAACGGUAGAAGGAUAGCGGCGCUGAUUAGAAACGAAGAGACAAGGACGCCUGGCAGCAAGAGUUGCAGCGCAGGGAAUGGUGGCGAGCUCGUGCUGGGACAGGAGGUAGGCGGUAAGGAGGGCAUCAGCGAGGAGCUUGUCAUUGCGACAGUGCUGCUGAUGCUGAAGAAGGAGAUUGAUCGCAGGAGAACGGUCCAGUUCAUGAUGAUCGCGGCAGCCGUCUCCGGGUAG